AUGCCUUUACUGGAUAUCGUUGGAAUGACAGCAACAGGGGAUACUUUCUACGCAGCGUUUGGCUUUAUGCACAACGAGACUGAGGAUACCUAUGGAUUUAUUCUUAAAUGCCUAUCUGACACAUUAUUUUAUUAUGAAUGUGGCUAUCCUCGAGUCAUCGUUACCGACAAAGAAAAAGGCCUGUAUAACGCGAUUGAGAAGGAAUUCAACUUUACAGAUCAUAUUCUCUGUAUUUGGCAUAUCCAGAAAGUUAUUAUGACUAAAUGUCGCCCAAUUCUUCGAAAGGAAGUUAUCCGAAUUAAAUAUGAAGGUGACAGUCGCCGUGCCCAAGAUAAUAAAGAGUUUAGCAACAAGGUAGAAAACGAAUGGAAGUCCUUUUUUGGCUUCUUUAUGCAGAUUGUCAACUCUAUUUCAGAGGAAGAGAUCAUUGUCACAACUGCUAAUCUCAAAGCAGAAUAUAGUGGUGACGUUUGGCAGCCAAUCUAUACUUAUUUAGAUGAGAACUGGCUUGAAGAGGAUACGGCAAAACGAUUCAUUAAAUUCUACACAAAUGAAUUCCGUCAUUUUGGACAAGAAGCAACUUCACGGAAUGAAGGCGCUCACUGGGUACUAAAGAAGGACCUUUUAGUAUCUACAAAGGACCUUUUAGGUACUGCACAGUCUAUCGCUCUUACUAUUACUGAUCGCUAUCGCAAGGUGUGGAAUUCUAUUGAAGAUAACCGUCAGAAACGCCCUCAUCAUCUACGGAUGCCUAUCUUCUCGCAGCGAGAACUAUCUGCGUUUGAAUACGAAUUAUCUCAAGAACAACCAGUCAGACGCCGAAAGCGGAAUAAUCAAGAAAGACGCAGAAGAUGGGGCCUUAGAGAUAGAGGAAACUCUACUGAAACGAUUGAAGUUGAUAAAGACGAUAGAAACAGCGAUAACGAGAAUGAGGUACCAACCAACGAAGAGAACGGGGAAACCAGCGAGAAAGAAGAAGUUGAACUACUACGACGCAGUCAGCGAGCUAGCCGUAGCAAGGCAGCACAGUGGUUAGGGGACGAGAACUGA